UUCGGGCCCCGGUGCCCGGGCCUGUGGGGCCGGCGGCGGCCGCUUCGCGCAGACGGCGUCGGCGACGUGGGGCCCGCGUCCGGCCCGUCCGCCGCAGCCUGUCGCCGUCGCCCCGGAGUGACCGCGCCGGGGCAGAAAUGCUGCUGGCCGGCUGGUGCCUGCUUUGGCUUGGCUUAGUCCUGGCCUCGGUCUGCGCCUCCCUUGAGUCUGCGGCGCCUGGCAACUGGACCAUAGCUCCUCUGAAUGUCCUUCUAAUCAUCGUGGAUGACCUGCGCCCUUCCCUGGGCUGUUACGGGGACAAGCUCGUAAGGUCCCCAAACAUCGACCAGCUGGCAUCCCACAGCCUCCUCUUCCAGAAUGCCUUUGCCCAGCAAGCAGUGUGUGCCCCGAGCCGUGUGUCCUUCCUCACUGGGAGGAGACCAGACACCACCCGCCUGUAUGACUUCAAUUCCUACUGGAGGGUACAUGCUGGAAACUUCUCUACCAUCCCCCAGUACUUCAAGGAGAAUGGCUACGUGACCAUGUCGGUUGGAAAAGUCUUUCACCCUGGAAUAUCUUCCAAUUAUAGUGAUGAUUCUCCGUAUAGUUGGUCUAUUCCACCUUAUCAUCCCUCCUCUGAAAAGUAUGAAAACACCAAGACAUGUAGGGGGCCGGAUGGAGAACUCCAUGCCAACCUGCUUUGCCCCGUGGAUGUGGCGGAUGUGCCAGAGGGCACCUUGCCUGACAAACAGAGCACUGAGCAAGCCAUCCGCUUGUUGGAAAAGACGAAAACAUCGGCCCGCCCUUUCUUCCUGGCUGUUGGGUAUCAUAAGCCGCACAUCCCCUUCAGAUACCCCAAGGAGUUUCAGAAGCUGUAUCCCUUGGAGAACAUCACCCUGGCUCCUGACCCCCACGUCCCUGCUGGCCUUCCUCCCGUGGCCUACAACCCCUGGAUGGACAUCAGGAAGCGGGAGGACGUCCAGGCCUUGAACCUCAGUGUGCCCUAUGGCCCAAUUCCUGUGGAUUUUCAGCGGAAAAUCCGCCAGAGCUACUUUGCCUCCGUUUCGUACUUGGACGCGCAGGUUGGCCGCCUUCUGAGUGCUUUGGAUGAUCUCCAGCUGGCUAACAGCACCAUCAUUGCAUUUGUCUCCGAUCACGGGUGGGCUCUAGGUGAACAUGGAGAGUGGGCCAAAUACAGCAAUUUUGACGUCACUACUCGCGUGCCCUUGAUGUUCUAUGUUCCCGGGAGGACAGCUCCGCUUCCAGAGGCAGGCGAGAAGCUUUUCCCUUACAUCGACCCUUUCGAUUCUGUCUUGGAAUUGAUGGAGCCAGGCCGGCAAGUCACAGACCUCGUGGAACUUCUCUCUCUCUCCCCCACACUCGCGGGACUUGCGGGACUGCAUGUGCCACCUCGCUGUCCCAUUCCCUCAUUUCAUGUCGAGCGGUGCCGAGAAGGCCAGAGCCUUGUGAAGCAUUUCCGAUUCCAGGACCUGGAAGAGGACCCGUACUUUCGUGAUAAUCCCCGUGAGUCUAUUGCCUAUAGCCAGUACCCCCGGCCUGCAGAUUCUCCCCAGUGGAAUUCUGACAAGCCGAGCUUAAAAGAUAUAAAAGUCAUGGGCUAUUCCAUACGCACGAUAGACUAUCGGUACACUGUGUGGGUUGGCUUCAAUCCCCAUGAAUUUCUGGCUAACUUUUCUGACGUCCACGCAGGGGAACUGUAUUUUGUUGAUUCUGACCCUUUGCAGGACCACAACAUGUAUAAUGACUCCCAGGGCAGAGACCUCCUCCGAUCACUGAUGCCUUGACUCCUGCCAACUAGCGAGGAGGGUGGGUAUCACGUGCUCCCUUCCACCUGGGGAGAGGGGGAGUUAGGGCUGGUCAUUUGGUGAUCACCCAUAAUGGAAGCAACCUGAGGGGUAGGCAAUCAAAGCAUGCGUCAACAGUUUGACCUAAGACUAUGUAAUAGCCUAACCUUUUGAUUCUUUAUUAGAGUCUUUAUUAAUUUCUCCUUGGUAAUCGGACUGGGCUAGGCUGAACUAUUUUUUCCUUUUUUGGACAAUCACAGCUUAUUUAUUGAGUGGAUAAGCGUAAAGGGAGCAACUGAAAAUUGUCAUGCUUUUAGCCAUCAAGACCAUAAUAACCAAACAUAACACUGUACUCAAGAAAUACUGUAAUUAUCUCUGGAAUUUAGUGCAUUUCAAAAAGUAGCCAUUGGUCCCAUUAGGUUUCACAUGAAGUCCCUGGUUCUUUUGUUUAUAAUUUAAUUAUUUAGCCCAAUAUAUUCAAAAUAUUAUGUCAAUAUUUCAGGUUUCAGGUUUGUAAAAUGUGCAGUUAAAUAAUGCUAGAUGCUAGGGCCUUAAAGUCUUACCUUCAACUUUUGUUAAUAAGAUUGCAAAUUUUCAAAAUCCAGAGAUAUAAUGUGCAUGAAGUGAUUAUGUGGAAUUUCUACAUCAAAUAAUAAAUAAUGCUCAGUAAAGUAGGGGCAUGAGAUAUUUGGGAAGUUCAGUUAGAAAUGUUCAGGAACUUCUGGCCCAAAUAAUAAUUUGUUAGCAAGUAAUAUGACCCUUGAUCUCAAAGAUCACCUAUUGAAAGGCACUGUUAUUCACAGUGGAAAACAUUUAAAGGCAUAACUGUAUCCAUGAAUUGAGUCACUCAAAACUGUUAGUGUUCUCCUUCUUCAGGAAUGGUUGGUUGCAGGUAUUCAUUUAUCCAGGAGGCAGGAGAUACUCUACUUUUAAUUGCUAAUUAAAGACAACACUAAUUUUAUUAAAUUCUGAAUUAUUUUGAGCAUUGGGAAAACUUCAUUUAGUAUAAUAUUAGGUAAUUUCUAAUCCCCCAGAACAUAGUUCUGUAUUCCCUAAAUAUGAAAGUAACCAGAAAGGCAGGUGGUAGUUAUAAUAAGCUUAGCCUACAUCAUCUUAAAAAGGAUGGGGUAGUCACAACUCAUAUUUAUAACACGGGGAAGCUGGUCAGUUACCAGUAGUCAUCAGAGGAGUCAACCACAUUCUAAAUAAACAUCUUACGUAGUCCCUGUAUCGAAGUGACUUAUUUCUAGUAAUUCUCUCUUUACAAGUGCUUCAGUGUUUAAAGGUAAAUGCUUGUGAAAGAAAAUUCUUCAGCCAAUUAGGUUAAGUUACUUAAGUGUAUUAAAUUGUAACAAAAAAGGCAAGAUAUUAUAGUAAAAGAUGACUUCAAAUCAGUAAUUUCAGGAAUUUUUUUUUUUUUUUUUUUUAAUUAGCCUACAGCAGAGGUAUAUAUGGUAACACAGCAAUCUUCGAAGUGAUUAAGUGACUUAGUGUCCUGGCAACAGCAGUUUCUAGUUGAAGAGUGAAGGGCCCUAUUCAUCUCUCCCGAUCCUGAGGCUCAUCUUUCUUCUGGAAGCCUCAGCUUUACUAGUAGAUGGGUUCCCUGGGCCCUUUAUUUCUCCUUCUUCAUCCUCUUUAUCGCUCUCAUCACUUCCACUAAGAUUUUUACAAUCUAGUCUGUAAAUUCCUCGUGACAUAUUUUCAGUGUAUUUAGCUUUAUCUCCUGCUCCCCAGUUAUAAUGAUAAGUUUUAACACGGGCUUUUAUUUCACAUCCGUUUGUUGCUCCUGUUGGCCGCAGUGUGUACACUCCAUCAUUUUUUCUCGCUUUAUUUCUUUUUAUUUUUUUAAAGAUUUUAUUUAUUGGACAGAGACACAGCGAGAGAGGGAACCGAAGCAGGGGGAGUGGGAGAGGGAGAAGCAGGCUUCCCGCGGAGCAGGGAGCCCGAUGCGGGGCUCGAUCCCAGGACCCUGGGAUCAGGGUCUGAGCUGAAGGCAGACGCUUAACGACUGAGCCACCCAGGCGCCCCGCCCCCCCACUUUUUUUUCAAAGAUUUUAUUUAUUUAUUUGAGAGGGAGAGAGCAUGAGAGAGACAGAACACGAGCAGGGGGGAGGAGCAGAGAAUGAGGGUGAAGCAGGCUCUCCGCUGAGCAGAGAGUCCAAAGCUGAAGUUGAAAGCUGAACUGUGCCAGAGAAGAGUGAAGUGACAGAUAGGUCGGGGGUGCGGCUGCCCUUCUGGCAGUAAUUCACCCGUGUGACCAAAGCCACAUCUGGGGCUGGGUCUACACGGGGCGCUUUUGUGUGUCGAUCUGUCUCUACCGGAAGUGCUUCUGUCUCCUCUCUUCUAUGCGAGGACACUGGCCGAGUGCUUCAGCUCUCCUUUGCUUUUGGUUUCUCUCGGCCUCCCUUUACAACCUCUCUCCUGUUAGAAGCAAAGCCUGCAUUUCCCGUUCAGUGGCACGCUCUUCCAGAUCGUCUCACAGGUUAUGGGUGGUUACUGUUUUUGACACCGAACCCAACGUAGAGCCACAUUUUCUUUCCUUUUGCACGUCUCCCGCACACGCUGCGAUGAACAGCCACGGUCUGGUUUUCAGACGUCAGCGCUGACCACAUUCCUUAUCCUGACUCGGCCCAGAGUGAGCACAGCUCUGUGGCUCCACACAGCCCUUCUCGUGCCCCCGAGCUGGGCACGUUUUCUUCAUGGUUUGUAGAAAGCCCCCCCCAUUUCACCCGAGCGGGGCUUCUUGCAUACAGUGCGGGUGAAACCAGAACUAGCGAGCCCAGGAAAUUUGAGUGGCCCCGUUUCAGUGGCUCACCAACGGGAGGGUGCGUCAGAGCCACCUGAAGCCUUGCUAAAAUUCAGCGUGCGGGGCCCCGCCCACAGAGCUUGUGCGUCAUCGCGGCUGGGGUGGGGCCUGAGAAUGUGCAUUUCCUACAAACUACGCUGCUCCCCCCGAGAGUAGACUUUGAGAAUCACCGCUCCUCGGUGUGUGCUGUCCAGUGGCCACUAGGCACACGCGACUGUUUAAAUGAAUUAAGAUGAAAUAAACAUUUCCCAAGCAGAAUCUGGGUUAGGCUUGCCACAUCUCAAGCGCUCAUCAGCCUGACGCCGUUAGUGGCUGCCUUAUUGGAGAGCACAGAUCUAGAACCUUUCCAUCGUGGCAGAAAGUGGAACGGAGCUGCCCUAGACUAACUCUGAACGCGAGCCGGGUCCACCCAGCGGCUGGCAAGUUCCGCCCGGGGGCUGAUUGUCCACCCGGUGUUUGCGUGCACAAAGGCUUGUCCAGAGGCGCGCCAAGGCUGUUUGGUUGAAGCGCGGCUCGGGGAGUGUGCCCUCUGGCCCUCGGCGCUCACCUCCCCCAGGGCUAGUGCCAUCGCCAUCACCAUCACCAGCCCUCUCACCUACUUCCCACGUAGCUUACCUCCCCUCCUCUUUCCUCCCUUGCUCCUGAAGAAUCCACGUGUCUUCCUGAACUCCCUCUUUGACCCCACCCUCUGCGAACACCGUCAGUGCCUACUACGGGGUCCACACAGACCUUCGCUGAGCAGUCAGAGUCUUCCCUGGCUCCACAAAGCCCCUUUCCUUGGCCGACCAGUGUGCACGCUGGUCCCUGGCUCUCCCUUGCCGAUCCCUGCCUCCCUGCCCGCCCUAGCUUGUCCCCUUCCCUCGCCGUUCAUGACCAUUCUUCACACUCACUCCCCCGCCCCCACCAUCUCCAUGAGGCUGGCACUCUGUGACUCUAGACCGCGUCGUGGCAUGAAAUGAACAGGAACAUCGCUAAUCAGUCUUGUGGCCACUUUGGAAAAAAGGUAUCUUUUUCUGAGCGCAAAGUUAAAGUGUUAAUUAUAGAAAAACUGGAAAACAGAAAUGUAGUUAAAGGCAAGAAAACGCAUCAGUAUUUUGCCCCAAGAUGGUCACUUAAUAUCUUGCCUUCUUUGGGCUACGAAUUUUUUACAUUGCUGUGGUCAUCCUGUGUGUUUUAUCUUAUAGUUUUAUAUUCUUCUUUUUCUCACUAAAUAUUAUAUGUGGUUACUACAAAUUUCUGCAAAGAUGCUUUAUACUGAUGGUAAUAUAUUUUAUUGUGUAGCUUUUUUCAUAAUUAACCUUCUUUCAAUGAUUGAAAAUUCAGCUUAUUUCCAAAUUUUCGGUAUUGUAAAUAAUGCUGUGAUGAACAACUUGGCGAAUAAAAUAUUUUUAUGUAUUUCAAAUUAUUCCCUUAGGCUUGUCUCUCUGUGCCAAAUUGUCAAAAGCUUCUCUGUUUGGCCCCUCUCCCCACUCUUCUGCUACCUUAAGGUAGUAAAACUAAAAAUAAAGCAAGCAUACAAAUAAUAAAAACCAUAAAACCAAAAAGCCCCCACCCCUAAUGAUAAUGGGUGAAAGUGGUAUCCUGUUUGACCUUGUAACUCUCUGCUUAUCAGUGACCUUGAUCAUUGUUCUCUUUGUAAAAUUGUUGGGUGUGUGUAUUUCCAGUCAUGUGAAUUUGCCUUUAAAUUUUGGUUAUGGAUUUCACUUUUUAAAAUAAACAAAUUGCUCUUU